AUGAAAAUCUCGAGUUUUUUACCAAUUAUUUUGGGUAUUGAGGGUCAAAAGCCAAAGUGUUCGUUGGACUCAUAUUUUGACGAAUUCGGAUCGACGGAGAGUGGAGAUGGCUGGAUUUGCAAGCAGAAAGGAAAGAAAAUUCGGUGCAAAUUUCUUUGUGGCGAAGGCAGAGUAAAGCUUUUCAACAAAUACUUCGCGACGGCCAAGUGCAAGAAAAAUGGAGAGGUCAAGAUCAACAAAUACGAAAUUUCACCACCACGUGACGAGGAGGACAAAACACCAUUUUGCGUUGAAAACAAAUGCGAUAGAAAAUCUGAAAGCAAAAUGAUCCCUGGCGGUUUUCUGAAAACGAAAAAGGUGGUUGAUCAGUCAAUAGUUUACGACGUAAAAUGCUCUGAUGGAAAACGCCAUAAACAGGCAGCAUCGUGCGAUCCGAGCACUGGCGUUUUUGAAGAUCCAGAUUCAUAUCGAAAUCUUUGCCUACCAAAUGACGGAGCUUUUCCAGCUUUGUCAAGAUACCGCUGCGAUUUUGUUCCUGGCCAAGUUCAAGUAAACGGAACGAUUCAUUUGCAAGAAACCAUGAUUGAUGGUCUCCGAGGAGUUCAUAUCAACGGAACGAUUUUCUCCUCUGACCCUGCUUUUGUCGACGGAGACCACGGUUUCCACGUCCAUUCGUCUAGCGAUCCAUCUGACAAAUGCGCCGCUACGGGUGGCCACUUUGCUUCCAAUCCCGAUCAAAUUCAUGGGCCUCCAAUAGCCGCGCUCCCAGAUCGACAUGCUGGAGACCUUGGAAACAUUUUGGUUGAUGCUGGCGCAGCGACGAUUGAUAUUUUUGAUCAGAUACUUUCUCUAGACGAAGAAAGUCCAGUUUUCAUCGGCGACCGGGGCAUCGUCCUCCAUGCCGCGCCUGAUGAUGGAAAUCCCGACCGCGAUCCAGCUUCAACAGGUGCAGCUGGCGCUCGUCUUGCUUGUUGCGCAAUAACCAAAGAUGACCAUUAA